AUGCUUGAAACCUCUUCAUCGCAUUUACAGGAUCGCGGCAUUGACACAGCGGGUGGUAGUACCGGUGAUUCCCUCGGCAUUAAGGGCAGCCCGCCGUUGUGUAGCUCCAGCUCACCUGAUCGCGACAUUUGCCACAACUCAAGUGGAAGCGAACAUAAACUUCCAUUUGUGAGUGUUUCUCUUGAGAAUGUGUCGAAACCACAGCUUGCUGAUAAUCCACAGGUCAAUGCGUCCAGUUCACUGCUCCCUGCAAGCAAGUCCACGGCUUCUUGGGAAAUUAAUGAUGAUUCAGGUAAUAAGGAGGAGAACUGCGACGAGCUUGAUGAUGACGCCGUUCGCUCUCGUCUGGUUAAGGUGUCGAUGCCUGUUUGUUCUUGUCGUAGUCGCUUUCUCGGCCUCCCGGGUGCUCCUUUGUCUUUGAAUUUACAAGGCAAUGACAGUGACUUGCAUCUGGAGCAACCAGUCUUAUCCCCUGAGCAUCUGAGCUUGCGCGCCCCUGUUCCUUGUUAG